CUUUGACUUGAUGGUAUUGUUUUAAUAAAAAAUCCUUUAAAUCAGCUAUGUACAAUAUCCUGUCAUUUGGAUCAUUGUGCAGCCAUUAAUGUCUGCAACUAUUUGGGUCUUUUAACAAAAUGGUCCAAAAGUUUUAGAGAACAAGGGGGAUUAUAAAGAAACAAAAAGGACAGAAACAAGAGAAAUAUUAAUUUGUUUUUAUUUUGCAAUAGAUAUAUUGCAUUUAAUCAGUUUGGCAGUAGAAACGAUGAAUGAGCAAGAAAAAGAGAGGACAAGAAAAGGUCCAUGGACUGCUGAGGAGGACUUGCAGCUUGUUAGGUAUAUAUCUUCUCAUGCUGAAGGCCACUGGGAUUUCCUAGCCAAAGCUUCAGGGCUGAAGAGAAGUGGGAAGAGCUGCAGGCUGAGAUGGGUGAACUAUCUCAGGCCAGAUGUUAAGAGAGGAAACAUUACUCCAGAAGAAGAGCGUUUGAUCAUAGACCUACAGAGCCGUUGGGGUAACAGGUGGUCUCGAAUUGCUCAGCAUUUGCCUGGCCGGACAGACAAUGAAAUCAAGAACUACUGGAAGACAAGAAUUGAAAGAAGAUAUCAUAGGGAAAACAAUGGAAAUGGGUCAUUAUGUCAUUCAAUUUAUUCCAAUUGUGUGCCAAAUCCAUUCCUCCAGCAAAACAGCAAAGCACAAAAGGCUAGUGCACCACAAGCUAGCCUGCAACAAACUGGAGCUCUCAAUAAUACAGUGGUUUAUUGUGAUGAAGAAACCCAUGAGGAAUUUGUAAGAGGUUCUGUUAAUUCAAUCAGGAUUUUAAAUGGGGUGGUCAAGUUCAACGAUAGUAGCAGUGGGCAAACUGAAGCUUUGGCUAUGCCUUCAGAAUUUCAGUCCUUUGCAGGCAUAUCAUCUGGAAUGUAUGCAGAUGUGGUGGAAGAUAUUGGACCAGUUUCAAUCUUCUCUUAUGUGCCUUGGCCCGAAAACCUACCAUAGUAGAAGAAUCUUUUUGUGGAAUGGGUGUGGUAGUGGACGGCUGUAUUUAAAACGCCUGUAAUGAGAUAAAUUUGCUUUCUGUAAUAUACAUUACUAUAGGUUGGUUGGUUCAACUUUAUGCCUGGAGGCGAUAAAGUGAAAUCAAAGGGAGCUCAUCUUACGAAUAUAUCUUAUUGUAUUGUGUUUUAAUUUAAACAAGAUAAAGAGAAGGGUGGUAGAAAGGUACAUCUACGAGUCUUAGCAUAAGGAUCUUAUUUGAAAUCAUAAAAACAAAAGAUAUGGGCUGAACCCAACAAAAACUAAGCAGCUGAAGCAACUCCUCAGAGGAGGGUCAUUAUCAUUUGGCUUCCCCCAAACAUCCCCAGGAGUGGAGUCAUCAAUUGGCUCCGAAGUGGUAAGUGCAUUGUCUUCAGCGUUCUCCUCUCAGGGCGAUUGGGUGUGGACCGCAAAGAUGACAAGUGGCAAGUAGAGAAAUUUGCUGGUGUUUGGCCUACCCAUGCUCUGCUGAAGGGAAGGUGGCGAUGAGGGUUGAGACCAUCCCUGACGAGUACCAUAGUUCCUGGGAUUGUGAGGAACUGGACAGCAAGAGUGAGACCCAUAGUCAUCGUGACUGUCUCAUCUAGAAGAGUGGCUAUGUCAACAUUGAUGCCCACAAGGAGAGGUGGAGUUGGGAGGAACCCAUCAAUCAUUGCAAGAGGCAUUUCUUUAGUGGUUUAGCAGCUCUUGGAGAUGAACAAUUUCAAGUGCAACUUUACUAGUUUGUACUUGAAUCUUCAUAAGCACAAUAGAAAAAAUCACAGCUUUAUCUAGAAUACAA